AUGAGCGAGCUAGACACAAUCGUCAUCAGACCAGAGAUCGCCGUGAGGGCCAUGAGCCCCAGCAAGCAGAAGGGGAAGGUGGCCAGAGCCCUGAAAGAGCAGAGGUCCAGGCUGUACAUCAUCCGGCGGUGCAUCGUCAUGCUCCUCUGCUGGCACGACUGAGCUCCGGCGCCCGGCCAGCUUUUCUUUUUUCUUCGUGGAGUCUGCCAUUGCCAAGGAUCCAUGGAGAGAGAGCUAGGUUACACUUAUA